AUGGCUACCACUAACGCCUCGGCCUUCAAUCCUCGCACCCAACUUCUCCCUCACAUCGUCGACCAUUAUGCUAAGGUUAAGCCCGAGGCUAUCUACGCCGAAUACCCGAUCUCUCUCAUGACCUAUGAAGAUGGUUAUCGGCCAAUUACCUUCAGACUCUUUGCCAAUGCGAUCAAUGGCAUUGCCUGGUGGUUGACAGAGAAACUGGGCCCCGGCAACGGCGAGAUUCUGGCAUACGUGGGACCCAAUGAUCUUCGAUACCCAGCCUUGGUACUGGGUGCCGUUAAGGCGGGAUACCGCAUGUUUCUCACAUCCCCGCGGAAUAGUGUGGCCGCUCAUAGUAGCCUGUUCACACGCCUCGAGUGCAGUAAGCUGGUCGCCCCGGUGCCUCGACCGCCCCCAGUCAAGGCGAUUCUGAAGGCGCAGCCAACACUGGAGAUCCUUGAUGUCCCCAGUGUAGAUGAUUUGACUAGCAAGGACUAUCCGCAUUUUGAGUUCCUGAAGACCUACUCGGAAGUCGCUGGGGAGACUCUGGCGGUGAUCCAUACAUCCGGUUCCACGGGAAUCCCUAAGCCGAUCUUCUGGACCCAUGACACCGCCUGCAAGCACAUGCAUAUGACUUUCUUGGAUCCUCCAGAGGGUUUCGAGAGUCAAGACAGCUGGUUGUUUGGCAAGAGAAUAUUUCUUGUCCCGCCUCCUUUCCACGCUGCUGGGCUGGCUUAUUCGCUUUUCAUCAGUAUCCCCGUCAGCACGACCAUCAUCUUUCCUGCGUCUGGAGGCCUUCCUACCGCAGCUGCACUGGUAGAAGCGAGGAAGAAAACCCCAAUCGAUAUUCUCUUAGGGGUGCCAUCAAUCAUCCAAGAACUCUCGCAGAGUCCCGAGCUCUUGGACUACUGCAGCAGACACAUGAGUCGCUUAAUAUAUUGCGGCGGGGAUCUACCCCAGCCUAUUGGUGAUACCGUGGCUGCUAAAAUAAAACUGACAAAUCUGUAUGGAGCCUCGGAAGUGGGAAUGAUCAGCACCAUCCACUCCAAGACCGACCGGAAUCCACUCAAGGAUUGGCGAUAUCUUCAUAUCAAUCCCCAGAUGGGUGCUGAACUACGCCAAGUGACUGAUAGAGAACACGAGCUUGUCUUGGUCCGUGACCCAGAGUUUAAAGCGCACCAGUUCUCUUUUACUAUUUUCCCAGAUCGACAGGAAUAUCAUACGAAUGACUUGUUUGUGCGGCAUCCCGAAAAGCCAGAUCUCUGGCGCUGGAGCUCACGUGCAGAUGAUGUGAUAGUCUUUCUGAAUGGUGAAAAGACCAAUCCAGUAUCGAUGGAACAGUAUGUUGCUGUGUCCAAUCCGGAAGUAUCUGCGGUCCUAGUAGCUGGUGCACGCCGCUUCCAGGCAUCUCUUCUGGUUGAGCUUGAACCUGGAAAGCAGGACCUCAACAUAACAGAACGCGCCGCUAUGAUCGAGAAACUAUGGCCCAGUAUUGAACAAGCCAACGCUGUGUGUCCAGCUCAUGCACGUGUAGCUAAAACCCAUAUUCUAUUUACCAAGCCUGGAAAGCCUAUGCUUCGCGCCGGAAAGGGAACUAUUCAGCGAGCUGGUACACUAGCUCUCUACGCAGCAGAGCUAGAUGCCCUGUAUACUGACGCGGAUAGAUUGUCGCAGGCUGACAAUGAACAGCAAGCCAGUACCGGCCGUGUGGAUGAUCCUCAGCUUCUUGCAGAUUAUAUUCGGCAAUCAAUGAUUUCUGUCACCGGGUGGAACCAGCUUAGCAACACCGAAAAUUUCUUUGAACUGGGACUGGACUCUCUGCAGGCGAUCACCGUGACUCGAAUAUUUAGGAGGGGCCUUAAUUUCCCGACUUUUAGCCCUAACCUCAUUUACCUCCACCCUUCCGUGAAGGAACUCACCCAGACGGUGCUGCGCCUCCAGCAACAUCAUGAGGCCUCCGCAGAGGCCACAAAGGAAGCCCAGCUACAACAGCGGGAUCAGCUGCUACUGGAGCUCAGUGCGCAAAUUACCCCCCGCGCGUCUGAGAAACAUAUAGUCAUGCUUACUGGCUCCACUGGUAGCCUGGGCACAUAUAUCCUUGACACUCUAUUGAAAACCCCCUCUGUCGCCCAUAUACAUUGCCUCAACAGGAAAGAUAAUGCCGUUGAUAUACAGCGUCAAAAGAGCGAAGCGUACGGGUUGAACCUUGAUAUGUCUCGCGUUAGCUUCUGGACAUCAGAUCUCUCAAAGCCAGGGUUAGGCCUACAAUCUGAUGUUCUCGACAUCCUGCAAACUACUACUCUGGUAAUCCAUAAUGCUUGGGCCGUCAACUUCAAUCUCUCGCUAGCGUCUUUCAAACCCAAUCUAGCCGGUGUAGUAAACCUGAUCAAUUUCUGUGGAAAGUCUGGCCAAAACCCACAUCUGUUCUUUAUCUCAUCUAUCAGCUCCACAAUGGGCCACCGCACUGAUAACGGCUUAACACCAGAGACAGUGAUCAAAACAACAUCACCGGCACCCAAUGGCUAUGCGGAUAGUAAGUACCUGGCAGAGCAGUUACUGGACCAGGCCGCACGGCAAGACCCUGUGCAUGUGCAUUCCUCGUUUGCCCGCGUGGGUCAGAUUGCCGGUCCUGUGCGCUCGCCGGGCCUCUGGAACAAGGCAGAAUGGUUCCCGAGCCUCGUCAUGAGCUCCCUACACUUGGGUGCUCUGCCCAACACACUCGGGCCAGUCCUGAAUCGCGUCGACUGGAUGCCGAUCGAUCUCCUGGCUGAAGUGCUGGUAGACCUGGCGCUGCGUGACCAUGGAGUGUCUGCCGGUGGGUCUGUCAAGGUGUAUCACCCGGUGAACCCUCGCCCUCUCGACUGGGAGGCUGUUCGACCGUUUGUGGUAGAGGCCCUCUCGAAAACCUCUGGGGAAACAGUGGAUACCAUUCCCUUCCAGGACUGGGUGCAGCGUGUUCGUCAGGAUAUUGAGACGGGGGCCAAGUUAAACGACGGUGAGCUGCAGGCGCUCCUCGCCAGGAACCCCGCCGCCAAGCUACUCCAGUUUUUCGAAGGGAUCAUGUCUCAAACUGAGCGGGAGAAUGUGCUAGAUACACGGCUCACGGUACAGCUGAGCGAGAAACUGCAAGCAGUGGAUGCGGUGAAGCCUGAAUGGAUCCAGAAGUGGGUUGAAGAAUGGCUUCAGUGA